UUUUCUUCUAGUUAUCGUUCUCAAUAUGGCUGCGAUCAGGAGAGGGGUGACUCCGGGUUGUCUAAUGGGAUGUUUUUUAAGACAGGCUAAACCAAAUCCGGGCAACCAUUCAAGUAAAAACAUAUGGAACCAGAGGUUUCAACAGAGAUCCCAUCUUCACUCAAUAGUAGACGGCAGAGGUCCGUCGACUAGAGCCGUUCUCACUCGUCACAAUGGAAGGUACUUAUUGGUCAGCGCUGUGUCAGUCAGACACAACAGCUCACAGAUACCGGAUGACAUCGUCCCCACCGCGUCACCAGUGCUGGAAACCCCCCCCAUCCCCAGCCCAGUCUUGGUUGACCCGGCCUCCGUAAUCACACAGCCAAUCGGAGAGCAGGUGUUAGAGGCAGCACCAACCGCGGCGGACCUUCUGCAGGGGUCGGGAGUAGAGCUGAGCCUAUCGGAGCUGGGCCUGGGGAGCGCCACGCCCGUGGGCCUGGUCCAGAACAUGCUGGAGUUCAUGCAUGUGGACAUGGGGAUGCCGUGGUGGGGAGCCAUUGUUGCCGGCACCAUACUGGCCCGCAUCAUGGUGUUCCCGGUCAUAGUGAAGGGUCAGAGGGAGGCGGCCAAGCUCAACAACGUCAUGCCGGAGAUGACCAAGCUCACCAACAAGAUGAACGAGGCCAAGCAGAGCGGCAACAAGUUUGAUUUUGCCAAGGCUUACUCCGACCUCACGAUGUUCCAGAAGAAGAAUGACGUCAACCCUCUCCGAGGUUUCUUGGUACCUCUGGUUCAGACUCCGGUCUUCAUCUCGUUCUUCAUCGCUCUCAGGAAGAUGUCCUACCUCCCUGUCCCCAGUAUGCAGACGGGCGGGUGCUUGUGGUUCCUGGACCUCACAGCAGCGGACCCCUUCUACAUCCUCCCCAUCGCUGUGACCGCCACCAUGUUUGCCAUCCUGGAGUUGGGGGCGGAGUCUGGUGUGGACAACCCUAACCUGAAGGCCAUGAAGACCGUGUUCAGAAUCAUGCCCUUCGUCAUCCUGCCCCUGACUAUCAACUUCCCCACGGCGGUGUUUACUUACUGGAUGACGUCCAACUGCUUCUCCCUGGCCCAGGUGGGCCUGCUGAAACACCCGCUGGUCAGGAAGAAGCUGAGGAUCCCGGAGAGGAUAUCGCACCCGUCCAGCGCCCUGCCCCAGAACGAAGGCUUCAUCGAGACCGUCAAGAAGGGCUGGAAGAACGCUCAACUGGCUCAGCAGCUGGAGGAGAGGGAGAGGAGGAUCAAGAACCACCUGGACAUUGCUUCAAAAGGUCCGUUAAGGCAGACCUUCACCCACAACCCCCUGCAACAGUCGGCACCAUCCAUCACGGCAGCGUCAACAGCCAGCAAGUCAGACAAAGCAAAGCCAGGUGCCCCGGCAACCGCUGGCAAGAAGAGACCAUGGGAGGAAACGAUUGGUUGAAGAGUUUUGAACGGCCCAAUCAGUCAUGUGUACAUAUUUAUUGAGAGAGGUUGGUGUGUGGAGGGCAGAGGUUUUGUCUUCAUAAAUGUAUUAUUCGAAAUAAAGAGAACUCCCAUUGACUUCA